AUGACUGAUCUGUCUUCAACAGGACAGAGGGAUCAAGAUACUGUGCUGAGGGAAAAUCAAGAGGAGGACCCUUUAGCAGACACUGCUUCUCAUGCACUUACAGUACUAGUACAGUUAGAGCAGGGGAAGUCAACAAGACUCCGGGAUGGUGCAGCACCAGAACAGGUCGAGAUACAGCAUGUACCGGUCAGGGAGGAUGCCUCCCUUACAGCAACAUCAGCUCAAUGGGUAUGGCCGAAGCCAAGAACCCUGUCUUGGCCGAUCCCACUCGCCACUAUUCUCUCCCCAAACUUCACUAUCUCCUCCCCCUACCACCAACAUCUCUCCCCAGCCGUUAACCGUUACCGCCACCAAAUCCUCACGGAGCACCACCUCCCUCUCGUUGCUCCCCCAUUCAACCUCUCCAACUCAUCCCCUCCUUUGCAGGCCCUGACCAUCACUGUCAAAGACCUCGCCGCCCCACUCCAACACUCCGUUGACGAGUCCUACGCCCUUGUCAUCCCCACUGCUAGCUCCACCGCCAAUCUGACGGCCGAGACUGUAUGGGGCGCCAUGAGGGGUCUGGAGACGUUUUCUCAACUGGUUUGGGGAUUGAAACCAUUGCUUGUCCCUGUUGGGCUCGACGUGUGGGACUCGCCUCUGUUUGAGCAUAGAGGGAUCAUUUUGGAUACCUCUAGGAAUUACUACCCAGUGGAUGACAUUUUGAGGACCAUCAAAGCCAUGAGUGCUAAUAAGCUCAACGUUUUCCAUUGGCACGUUACCGAUUCUCACUCUUUUCCUUUAAUGCUUCCAUCUGAGCCUGCUCUUGCUGAAAAAGGGUCUUAUGGGAAUGACAUGCUCUACUCUCCAGCUGAUGUUGCAACAAUUGUUCGGUUUGGUUUGGAGCAUGGUGUCAGGGUUCUACCGGAAAUUGAUUCUCCAG